CUGAGUUUCAACUUCUUGCCAACGCUUGGCUGUUGAAGGCAGGCGCAGAGGCAACUCAGUCUCGUUGGAUACUGGGUCAGGACGACUACUACCCAGGUCCUGAAGAGUUGUCCUCCUCUAUAUCUCGUAUACGCUCCAUAUCGCCGGACAGAAUGGGUGUUUCCUGUGUCUGCGACCCGGCGGUCGUCGACGGCUAUCGAUAUGUAGAAUGGAUAGCGAGUUGGGCUGGCGAAUGUGUUCACACUCCAAGGGAGAUUCAAGCCUUUGCCUGCGGCAUUGCUGCACUGUUUUGUUUCCUCGUAGGCCUACUGCCACAAAUGUAUAAGAACUACAAGCGCGGCGACGUAGAAGGCCUGAGUUUUGCUCUCCUCUGCAUCUGGGCUAUGGGAGAUGUGACGAAUCUUAUUGGAGCGAUCAUGACACGCCAGACAUUCGCCAUGAAGCUGUGUGGGACAUACUUUGUGUUUCUGUCCAUUGCAUCAUUCGUCCAGUACUUCCACUACAAGAAGACGAACGAUGCGAGCGGCGCUGGCAGGGCUGCGAUAAGGGCGGCGGAUGAGGAAAUUGCUACGAAACCUGCGGGAGACGACCCAGAUAGGACAGCGACCGAGACGGAUCCCCUCCUGCAUCAGAUCCCCAUCCCACAUCAAAGCUCCUCGCAACCUCGGUCAGCUCAACGGCAUUACGCCGGUGGUCGCAGUCAUGUACCAACCGUGCUUGAGCGCGUAACAGCCACCACGGCUCUGAUUUUAGCGCUCGCAGCGGUAUUUGCGUCGGUGGAAGCCGCACCGACGUCGGAAAUGUUGAUGAUGAGGGGAGAUCAACCGGAUGGAACGGCGCCGAUACUACCACCGCCAUCGUGUGAUGGGCAGGAUAAGCUGCAAGAUCCGUGGGUGGCCCAUACCGGGGAGGUUAUUGCGUGGAUUUCGGGACUGAUGUACUUUUCUAGCCGCAUCCCACAGCUAAUCGAAAACCACCGCACCAAAUCCACCGAAGCUCUCUCGCUCUACGUCUUCUCCCUAACAAUCAUCGGCAACAUCCUCUACUGCGGCUCCAUUGUGCUCCGCCUCCCGCACUCAACAACACCCGCGCUGGACAGCAACUUCUUUGCGGCGGUCUUGCCGUAUUUGCUAGGAUCCGCUGGGACACUGGUGUUUGAUUUGGCUAUCUUUGCCCAGGCGGCGUAUUACGGCUGUUUGUGAAUGGGACUCGUGAUAUGAGGACGGGACAUGGACUUGGGAGAGACAUGAAAGUCCAGAUUAACGGCGUAGGUCCGACGAGCUGGACCGGACUUUACGUUAUGCAGAGAAGACAGCCCCCCCUCACAAACGAUUUGACGAAGUAAUACCAUGGACCACAGCAUUCAUGUACACAUAUAUUAGCCUAGAUGUGUGCCCUAACCUAAUUUAAUGCAUACGAUAAUAUCUCAA